AUGGAUUUGUCAUCGCUCUAUUGGGUGAAGUAUGCGGCGGGAAUGGGAUGUGACGUGCGCGCGCGCCGGGACGCUCCCAUUAUCCGCAUGCUAUAUGACAUCAUGCUGACUCAAGUAUCAUCUCAGCGGCCUCACCCCCUGCGUCUCUCCUUGGACCUGCGCGGCUGGCAUGGUGUUGUAGGAAUGUCGUCGAUAGUAGGAGAGCAGUGGCAGGCGCGGGACGGGCGCGGGACGGGCGCGGGACGGGCGCGGGGCGUUCGCAGGCGUGAAUGGCCGGGAGAUGCAGCGCAGGCCACGACGCCCCCCGCGGCCUGCGCCCCGGCCCGCGCCCUGCCCCUGGGCCGUGGGGCGCAUUCCUGCGAGCCUCGCACCGCUCACUGCUUGCGCAACGGCCGUGCGCCGCCGCAUUCCAUUCAUAACGGCGCGCUACUUCAAGAACCAAGAGCUUGCGACUGUCGCUCGCCUGGACCUCGGUUACUGCUGCUCACGGCCUUCGUAUUCCCAGAA